UGCUGUGCACUUACAUAUACCGGAGUGAAAUAAGCGUACGGCAGCUGACCUACUCUUCAGAGGGGAAGGAUUACGUUAUCGAUGAUAAUAUAUAGGCCUACAUUGAAUUUGUCAGAUUGAAAAUCAAGACUCUCCGCUAAGAAAUCAACAUGGUGAUGUCGAUUCUGACCAUAUUUCGGCAACGAGACUUUGACAGGCCAUGGGUGCCAGAUGAGAUUGAUGAGACAGACGACAAGACAAAGAUGGCCGCCACCCAAGAUUCUCCAAGAAAAUAUGAGCAGUUGGCGACACCGAGGCGAACAAUAGAUCCAGGAAGGCCGAGAAAAUUUAUGGAAGUAGAGGCAGACAGUCCGAGAAAAUUUCGGAAGGUUGGGGCAGAGGCAGAAACUCCAAGGAAAUAUGUUGAAAAUAUGGCAAACCCGACAUCACCUAGGAAGUUUUGUGAUUUAGCAACACCCAGACGUGCGUCUGAUCCUGGGACUCCGAGACUAUUUCUUGAGUUUGGAUCACCAAGGAAGGAAACAGAAGACCUGAAAGACACUGAGGAACUGGGUUCACCAAGAAAAGAAUCUUAUACACCUAGGACAGAGUCUUCCUCGCCAAGGAAGGAUUAUGCGGGCAGGACACCGAGAUAUGUAGGAUCGCCACGGAAGGCACAGACACCACAUGAUCCGUGGAGGCCCAAGUUUGCAAACACCCUCAGCGAGAUAUCAACUCCACAGGUACCGCAAACGCCACUUAACAUCAUCCCAGAAGAAAACCCAAACUGUGAGUUGAUUUGCAAGUUCAAAGCAACGACAGGACGUGAUGAACGCGAGGCUUGGAUAGGAGGCGUUACUGUUCUUAAGAAUUCCCACAUUGCCUUGACGGACAUGGCAAACAAAACAGUCAAGACUUUUGACUUGUUUGGGAACAUGAGGAAGGAGUUCUGGGGGAAAGGGACCUUCAAAUUUGGUGCAAUUCGAGGGAUAGCAAGAACUUCAGAUAACAAUAUCCUCGUAGCAGACACAGAGAGGGAACUAUUCUAUGAAUUUUCCACCACAGGUGAGCCAAUCAAGAUGAAGAAGACCAAUGGAUGCUGGCGUGUUGCCAUGACGUCUGCAGGUAAUACCCUCGCAAUCGACCACAAGAAGCGUUGCAUCUUCAUGUUCAACAUCCAUGGGACUCUGAUGCGUAUCCUAGCAACGGCCAAUGAGGAAGGCAAGUGUGUUUUCCUGUCACCACAGAGUGUCGCAGUCGGCAAAGAUGACACAAUUAUUGUAGCAGACGACAGAUUGAAUGCUGUGCAGAUCUUUGAUAAUGUUGGUGACCACAUCAAAACAUACGCCGGCCAUAAAGGCAGAGGAAAAGAUUUCCUGAACGGACCAAAAUCCGUCUGUACAGACGAAGAGGGCAAUAUCUAUGUCGCAGAUACAGCUAACGAUAUGAUACAAGUGCUGACCCCAAGUGGAGAGUUCAAGGAAACGCUCCUAAGCCGUGGAGACAAGAUUCAUUUACCCUGGGCUAUAGCCUACCACAAAAAGAAACUGGUUGUUGCUGAACAGUUCGGCCAAGUGAAGGUUUUCAAAAUUGAAACUUAAACCACACCAAGGGCUAGAAAAGAGCCCCGUAAACAAGUGAUAUAAACUGCUAUAACAAGGUGUCUCCAGCAGACGAGAGCUCUUUUUGUAGCACAUAGUAGUGUGUGACAGUUUUGACUCAAUGAACUUUGAGGGAGAAGAGAUCCCUCACCCAUCAACAAGCACUCUGUGAUUCACACAAACUUUGUACAUACAUGUAUUUGUCAUCAAAACUGUAAAUAUUUUGAAAGUUGUAAAGGUUACUUGACAGGAUCCCAAUUCGAUGAGUAAGUUACCUUUUUCCAAGUGUGACCCCAGCCAGUGAUAUGAGGGCUCUCACGCAUGGCAUUGUGAUCAACAGACUCUCAUCUUCAUCAGCUGCGUCAUCGUAACUUUGAAUCUGUAAUAAUGGAGAGAAAUAUGGAAAAUAAGUAAGCACCAAAUACAAAUGUACUGUGCCGACAAUAUUGAGCCAGUAAGGCGCAUCUAUUACACGUAGGCCUAUAGUACAGGUUAUUGCACCGGGCUAAAUAGCGUCAACACAUUAUGUUUUAUUGCACAGCAUACUUAAGAUGUUGAGAAAAUACACACAAUGUCUCGUACAUCUCAAAAUAAGAAUCAAUG